GGAGCAGCGCCUAAGUCCCGCCACAUAAAGGAGCGGGUGGCGCGACGGGGGCGGUUCUUUCCUGGGUGGAGUUUGUGAAGUCGUGGCCCGUUAGCAGGAAGCCGAGCAGUCGCCCCGACGCUAGCGAGGGACCUAAUCCGAAUCCCCAGUCCCCGGAGUCCAAGCCGUGUGUACUGCGUGCUCAGCGCUGCCCUGACAGCGCCCAGCCAAACUUCGCCAACUCCACCGCCUUUGCCGCCACCAUGCCCAAGACAAUCAAUGUGCGUGUGACCACCAUGGAUGCAGAGUUGGAGUUUGCCAUCCAGCCCAACACCACUGGCAAGCAGCUGUUUGACCAGGUGGUGAAAACUAUUGGCCUAAGGGAAGUUUGGUUCUUUGGUCUGCAAUACCAGGACACUAAGGGUUUCUCCACUUGGCUGAAACUCAAUAAGAAGGUGACUGCCCAGGAUGUGCGGAAGGAAAGUCCUCUGCUCUUCAAGUUCCGGGCCAAGUUCUACCCUGAGGAUGUAUCCGAAGAAUUGAUCCAGGAUAUCACACAGCGCCUGUUCUUCCUGCAAGUGAAGGAGGGCAUUCUCAAUGAUGAUAUUUACUGUCCACCUGAGACUGCUGUGCUGCUGGCCUCCUAUGCUGUCCAGUCCAAGUAUGGCGACUUCAAUAAGGAAGUCCACAAGUCUGGCUACUUGGCCGGGGACAAGUUGCUGCCACAGAGGGUCCUGGAGCAGCACAAACUCAACAAGGACCAGUGGGAGGAGCGGAUCCAAGUGUGGCAUGAGGAGCACCGGGGCAUGCUCAGGGAGGAUGCUGUCCUGGAGUAUCUGAAGAUUGCCCAGGACCUGGAGAUGUAUGGUGUGAAUUACUUCAGCAUCAAGAACAAGAAAGGCUCAGAGCUGUGGCUGGGAGUGGAUGCCCUGGGUCUCAACAUUUAUGAGCAGAAUGACAGACUGACUCCCAAGAUAGGCUUCCCCUGGAGUGAAAUCAGGAACAUCUCUUUCAAUGACAAGAAAUUUGUCAUCAAGCCCAUUGACAAAAAAGCCCCGGACUUUGUCUUCUAUGCUCCCCGGCUACGGAUUAACAAACGGAUUUUGGCCCUGUGCAUGGGGAACCAUGAGCUAUACAUGCGCCGCCGCAAGCCUGAUACUAUCGAGGUGCAGCAGAUGAAGGCACAGGCCCGGGAGGAGAAGCACCAGAAGCAGAUGGAGCGUGCUCUGCUAGAAAAUGAGAAGAAGAAGCGUGAGAUGGCAGAAAAGGAGAAGGAGAAGAUUGAGCGGGAGAAGGAGGAACUGAUGGAGAGGCUGAAGCAGAUCGAGGAACAGACUAAGAAGGCUCAGCAAGAACUGGAAGAACAGACUCGCAGGGCUCUGGAACUUGAACAGGAGCGGAAGCGUGCCCAGAGCGAGGCUGAAAAACUGGCCAAAGAGCGUCAAGAAGCUGAAGAGGCCAAGGAGGCCCUGUUGCAGGCUUCCCAGGACCAGAAGAAGACCCAGGAACAGCUGGCCUUGGAAAUGGCAGAGCUGACAGCUCGGAUCUCUCAGCUGGAGAUGGCCCGACAGAAGAAGGAGAGUGAGGCUGUGGAAUGGCAGCAGAAGGCUCAGAUGGUACAAGAAGACUUGGAGAAGACCCGGGCUGAGCUGAAGACUGCCAUGAGUACGCCUCAUGUGGCAGAGCCUGCUGAGAAUGAGCAGGAUGAGCAGGAUGAGAAUGGGGCAGAGGCCAGCGCCGACCUGCGGGCUGAUGCCAUGGCCAAGGACCGCAGUGAGGAGGAACGUACCACUGAGGCAGAGAAGAAUGAGCGUGUGCAGAAGCACCUGAAGGCCCUCACCUCAGAGCUGGCCAAUGCCCGUGAUGAGUCCAAGAAGACUGCCAAUGACAUGAUCCAUGCUGAGAACAUGCGACUGGGCCGAGACAAAUACAAGACCCUGCGCCAGAUUCGGCAGGGCAACACCAAGCAGCGCAUCGAUGAGUUUGAGUCCAUGUAAUGGGCACCCAACCUCUAGGGACCCCUCCUCCCUUCUUCCUUGCCCCCACACUCUUACACUCUCGCCUUACUCACAUUGUGCUGGAGCCACUAACUAGAGCAGCCCUGGAGUCAUGCCAAGCAUUCAGUGCAGCCAUGGGACCAAUCCUAGCCCCUCAGCCCUCACUCUCUUCUCUGAGCAGAGAAAUGGCCCACUUGGUGCCAAUGGGACCCUCUUUUCCCUCUCUGACCCAUUCACUCGAGCUUGCUAGAGGAGACCAUUCUCCAGCUCAGAGGCACUUUCCACUUGAUUUGGGAAACACCUCCACAUUUACUAUUGUACUGCCAGGGUCAAGUGAGGAGUAAGUUGAAAACUAGUCCCCACCCCUGCCCCACUACUGUCUUCCUCUUCUAGGAUCUGUGAUUUGCAGAAUUGGAACUUCACAGGGUUUAGGGAAGGAGGCAGGGCCCUGGCUAUAUGCUCUAGGAUGUCAACUGACCUAGGAUUAGGCCUCCCAAUGCCCGUUCUUUCAAGAGUAUUUAGGCUUUGUAAUGCUUGAAGGCUAAAAAGAUAUUCAGUCAUUCUUGACUUUACCUCCCAGAUUGGGCCUGUUACAAACUCAGUCCCAAUAAGCCUUGUCCUUGAGUUCAGGGACUCACUUUCUCCCCAGGGUGAGAUGGGGGAGACGGUCCCUGCAACAGGCUUCACCAACAUCCUAGAAGGACAUUGGUCCUUCUAUAGGCAAGGCUGGGUAGAAGUUCUUGCCCUAAUGCCUUAUGGGAGCCUAGGCUUGUUUCAAGUGAGCUCUAUGGGCAGAGGUAUCCCUUACUUAUUAUUCUGGGUUCCUCCACUUUUCUUGGGAUCUGCCCCUCCCCACUCCAAUCCCCAAAUCCCCUCCAGCUAGAACAGUAGGGAUGGUUACCCAAAAACCCAGC